AAAGAGUUCCUGUAACUGUGAAGCACUGAACAAACGGUACUGGGAGACACAGCAGUCAGAGGGACAGAUCAGGUACGGCUAUUGUGCAACUAUUGGCGCAAUGCAGUCACAUCAAACAUUAGCUAACUGAGGCAGGAUGAUUACUGAUGGCAAACCUUUAAAGCUGCUGCCACAGUGGUGUGUUCAGACGUGUACUUGACGAAUUUCUGGUCAGGAUGCAGACUCUUGGACUUGCUUUGCUUUUUGUGCUAAGUGUAUUAACAGACUUGGAAAAAGCAGAAGAGCUUUAUAGCAGACCAGUCCUAAAAGUCUUGCCAAGUGCCUCAGUGUGGUCUGGUGAGGCUGUGACCCUGCAGUGCUUGGUGGAAAGAAAGCAGCAAUAUGUGCAACUGAAGUACAGCUUCUUCAAAGACUCGAAGGGCCUCAGGUACACUGGCUCGGAACCGACUCUAAAGAUUGGUUCAGCAGAUGCACCCAGGAUUGGGAAAUAUCACUGUGAGGCAGGGCAUGAAGAAGAGGGCAUGAGGAGAAGCAGUGUUCCUGUUAUGCUUAAUGUGGAAAGUGGAAAACCAAAGCCUGUGAUGACUGCAAAGGGCAGAAAAUUAAUUAACGGGAAUGUCAUAAAAGUUUUACUAGGAGAAAGCUUCACUCUGAAAUGUGAGAUUCCAAAAGACAACACUGGAUGGAAGUACACUUGGCGUAACUUCGACGACGACCUUCAAGCUGAUGGGUGUCAAGAAACUGGCCAGACAUACUCAGUGAGCUAUGUAAAGGAAUCCAAUGGGGGAAUAUAUUGGUGCCAGGGUCAUAGGGGAGACUUUUAUUCAGAUUUCAGUGAACCUCUGGCUGUGCAAGUUGUCUAUGAUAGGAGGGAAUACAAUUGAGUGCCGGGAAGAACUAUCUAAUUAGAAAACCAGUUAAAGAGAUAAGAAGAACGAGAAACUGAACUGAGUGAACUGGGAUUCAGUCUGGGCAAACCUGGCAAUCAUCUUAUAUAUCACAUUACUUUUUGUUUUUAGCCAUUUUGAAGCAUGGUGCUUAAAGCGUCUGGAAUGAGUUCUGUUCUGUAUGUCUGUGUACAACUACAUCAAACAUUCAAGUGGAUUAUGGGAAGUUUAUCUAAAAAAACUCAUAUGCACACCUCUAUCAUAAUGAGUCUUCUGCUAACAUAUUUUGUAAUUAGUAUUUUGCAUUUGGUUAACACUAUUGAAAUGAAAGUGCUGAAGGAAGUUCCUCCAUUUUAACAGAAAGAGAAAUUUAUACCAGAAUUUCAUAUUCUGUCAUUGUUAAAAUGUUUUAAGGUUUUAUGCCCAAAAUACAAGGUGAGACACAAAAAUAACUGGAUUGGUAAAAAAUAAUAAUUAUUGAUGAAUUACAGCAUUC